AUGGGAUUCACUCCAGAAACCGCAAAGGCUAUUGAGAAAGCCUUUGUUGAAGCCCCGCAAAGCUUUGUAGCCGAUGGCAAAUUCGGUGACGAUGCCAAAUUAUCUCAAAAGGUUGAGCCUAUAAACGCUAUACAGGCGUAUGUCACUGCCGGAACCAUUUAUCCCGAAGAUGAUGACGAGUUUGAGAAGAAGCUUCCUGAGAGUUCAUACGACGAUAUUCACAAAGUGAAGCCGAAUCUUUAUCAUGUAUGGGACAACCACUACAUACAAUUGAGAUCAUAG